AUGCAAGAUCUAUAUGGCGUUGCCUGGUUCCGAAAUUUUGCAGUCAAGACAAAAGCGUAUGCUGCUAUUGCUAGCACCGAUACUACUGCUAGAGACAAGUUCAAGGAUGAUAUCUUUGAAGCAGUUAUUGCAACAGGAUUUCUGUGCAACUGCGAUCGAACGAGAACAGCUCCUCUGAUGCUGGAUCUUCAGACAAACUACUGCAGGGAAGUGGAUUAUUAUCCAAAGACGAUCAGCAAAGCACAAGAUAUGUUGAAGAUUCACAUGGAUGUGAUCAAGAAUCUAGGAGUGAACCUGUACCAAGGAAAAGACCAGCCUAAUAAAGGUAAAGGUAAACUGAAGGACGAUAAGAAUCAUAUGUCUCCAAAAUGCUCAGACAGACUGCUACCAGAGAUUCAAUGGAAACAUCCAAAACACUAUGUUGAUUAUGGGAAGAAGCUCAAUCUUAACCAGAUUGGAGCAACUGUCCCAGCUAUAGUUCCUGGACCGUCUCCAGCGACAAGUAUUAUCACUGGUGGAACAUCGAGUGUUGCGGGAAGUAUCAACACACCUUUGCGACUUGCUGGUACUACAGGUAAUCAAAUGAUGCAAGUUUCUGCGGGAAUGCAGCUCAUGCAGAUUCCAACCCAAGGUGGCAGGACUAUGACUGUCCCUUACACAAUGAAUUAUAAUGGUGAGACUGCGUUCAGUGGAAUGCAACUCAGCCAACAAGGCUUCAGUGGUGCUCAAGUGCGCCAAGGAUUCGAUGCAACUCCAGCUCAAACUCCGCAGGUCGUGAAGACUGGCUAUUUUGAUACGUCAAAUGUCUUCCACGAUGCUAUCAAGGGAAAGGAUGAGAUUGGAAAUGAUCCAUCAUCUGUCCUUGAUCUCUGGCACCACUUCGGCAGUGUGGCCGGGUCAGGCUUCCAUGGUUGGGUUCCUGAGUUCAUUACCAUUGAAGGUAGUGAGGAUCGCCUGGUCCAGGCUCUUCUUGCCGGUACCCUUCGUGUUGUGAGCGACGGCUCAUACAAAGCUAAAGUUGGCACAGCAUGCGCCCAAAUUCUCACUGAGGAUCGCAGGGACAUCAUCUGGAUCACCUGCCAAACUCCAGGGAAAUUUGAAGAUCAGAGCUCAACUCGUAGCGAAUUGAUUGGCCUUAUGGCUUCUCUCCUGGUGUUGGAAUGGAUGUCUCAGGUCGCUCAACUGAAACUCUUUGCCAGCCAACCCUCGGUGGAGAUGGCCUGCGACGGGCUCAUUGCUAUUGAUAAGUCCUUCUCCGAAGUGCACCUGUCAUCGUCUGGUGCUCAGUUUGACUUGGCCUCUACCAUCCGGGCCCUGCUUCGCCACCUCCCUCUCCAAGUCCAGCGGCGCCAUGUCAAAGGCCACCUGGAUAAGCACCGACCUUUCUCCCAACUGGACUGGUGGGAGCAGCGAAAUGUUGAAGUGGACUCCAAAACACAAGCCCACUGCCGCCUGCUCGAGUCUACGGGCCGCUCGGCUGCCUCCAACCCCCGCUUCUUCCAUGAACCUGUGUCUUCAUUCAUCAAUGGUGUUAAGUCUUCCAAACUGGAUCAGGCUCACAUCAUGGAGCUGGUCUCUCUUCCUGCCCUUUGA